AUCAUUUUCUCCUGGUGAGUGAUUUAGUCUUACUGAUCUCAACAUUUUCUCCUGGUGAGUGAUUUAGUCUUACUGAUCUCAUCAUUUUCUCCUGGUGAGUGAUUUAGUCUUACUGAUCUCAUCAUUUUCUCCUGGUGAGUGAUUUAGUCUUACUGAUCUCAUCAUUUUCUCCUGGUGAGUGAUUUAGUCUUACUGAUCUCAUCAUUUUCUCCUGGUGAGUGAUUUAGUCUUACUGAUCUCAUCAUUUUCUCCUGGUGAGUGAUUUAGUCUUACUGAUCUCAUCAUUUUCUCCUGGUGAGUGAUUUAGUCUUACUGAUCUCAUCAUUUUCUCCUGGUGAGUGAUUUAGUCUUACUGAUCUCAUCAUUUUCUCCUGGUGAGUGAUUUAGUCUUACUGAUCUCAACAUUUUCUCCUGGUAAGUGAUUUAGUCUUACUGAUCCGAUUGUCCAUUGCAGGUACAUGGGUCAGUGUGUUACUAUCUACCUUGUGUUUGAUGAUGUAAUAUUGCUUUGUAACUCAACAAAUGGGAGGCCCAUAUCUGCAUAGACUCAUAUGGUCAGCAUGGGUUAUUUCCAUGUGUUCAGAUUCCUGUACAUAACAUUCUGUGUUUGUUGCAUAAACAUUGCUCUCCUCUAUCUCCCUGUCCUAAUAGCCCACUCCCUACCCGGUAUCUUAUUCAGCCGCUAUGCAAUUUUGUAUCCGUUGUUUGCUGGCAACCUUGUUAUUUACUUACUUUUUGGAACAGAUUCCUGUUGGAACGUUCCACAAACUAUACCCACCCAUCAACUUGAAGUGCUUGUGAAAUUUGCCAGUUGAUUGUGUGCGACAACGUUCAGUCUGUGAUUCAGUUAAGCUUGGCCAUUUCUUACAUAUUGUGCAAUUUUGUAUCCGUUGUUUGCUGGCAACCUUGUUAUUUACUUACUUUUUGGAACAGAUUCCUGUUGGAACGUUCCACAAAUUAUACCCAGCUCACUGAGAGGGAACUUUCAUGUGCGAAUUGUGCCAGUACUGAAAAUACAAACGAAUAUACAGACCAGUCCAGCGUAUUGAAAGUCAGGUUAACACUUCCCUGUUGAUAUUUUGUCUGUUACUUCCCGAAAUAAGGACACAAUCAGCGGACAACAGGCAAAGCAAGUUGAAAUAAAGAUUAUUCAACAUUCUGACUUGUAAUAGGACUGUUCGGGAAUGCUGAACCUACAUGUUAGAUUUAAGAGUGUAAGUCUUUCACUCUCGGAUUCUAAAAAAGGCUACCUCUACUUUACAACAUUAAAUGUGUUUAUUUUUCUAAAUUUAUUUAAAUAUUGUUUACAUAUAUUUUUAAUGUUCUUCAGUUUAACAAUUUCUCUCUCGCUCUCAUAUAUAUAUCUCAGUAACUUGUGUAUUUAGAUCUCUGAAAUAAAUACAAAAUUAUAAGAAACAAAAUGAAAUUAUUAUUUCUGUCAUGUGCAACGUGCGCCCCCUGCUGACCCGUGAGAGAACUUCUACAAAAAAAAUUUACGUAGACGUUAUGACGUAAUUAUAUUUUCGGGUGUGUAUAUCCGGUUGUGGUUGAAUAGCUUUUUGGUUGCUUGUUUACCUUUCAGAUGUGUUAAAUAUAUUUUCUUUGGCUUUAUGCAAAUAUUUUAUUCGUUCGGUAACAGCUGUACAAAAUCCAGUGUCAGAAUUUACAUCUCUGUGAUUGAAAUAGCUGUUAAAAUUUUGUUGUUUUUUACAGGAAAUGGGUUAAGACUAGCUAACUUUAGCUAGCUAGCGAACUGGAGUUACAAUAGAGACUGACUGAAUUGCAAACAACAGAAGUCAGGGCAUGUUACGGUUUUGACACAUUUUUGUUUAACUGUACAAGCCCUGAUCAAAACAAACACUCGACUUCAGGAGAAAAAUGAAUAUUCUACCUAAAAAGAGCUGGCAUGUUCGCAACAAGGACAACGUCGCUCGCGUGCGUCGAGACGAGGCACAAGCCGCAGAAGAGGAGCGAGAGGUCCAACGCCGUGUGGAGCGAGCAGAGCAGGAGGCACGAACAGAGCACCUGAGACAGAAGUCACGAGCUGCACUUCAACAGUCUGGAGGAUGGAAGGAUGAAGGAGAGGGAGGUGAGAGAGGAGGGGAGGGGAGUGGAGGAGUGGUGGAACACCUCAAUCUAUUUCCUCUGGAGGAGUCGUCUGAGAAGAAAGGAAACGCAGAGUACCUCAAAGACCAGAAAGAUGAAAAGGAGCGUGAGGAGCGUGCUAUUGGUCUGCUAGUGUCCCUAGGCCCCCAACCUGGGACAGAGGUAACUCCAUGGUACAUGAAAACAGGCCAUGAAGAAGAGAAAGACGAAGAAAAGGAGAAAGAGAAAGACAACAAAGGAAAGAGACUGCCACUCAGUCAAGAGGAGAAGGAGAAGAGAGACAGACGACUGAAAGACAUGCUGGACCCCUUGAAAGAGAUGAAGAAAGCACUGGCGGUGAAGGAUAGAAAAGAACAUAAGAGUAAGAAGAAGGAGAAGAGGGAUAGAGGGGAGAGGAGAAGCAGUGGUGGAGAAAGCUCUAUUGAAAGGUUGCGAGCGGAGCGACUGCAGAGAGAGGCGGAGGAGAAGAGGAGAGCCCAGGCCUUGCUGGACCAGAAGAAUGGAACAGGGAAAGAGAAGGAGCGACCAAGGGAGACAGAGGAGAGGGAAAUGCCGUACAACAGUGCUUAUUUCCCAGAGCUGGCCCGCAAGAGGCAGAGGAAAGACCGCAAUGCCUGGAGAGAUGGCAUCUUUUGAAGUCAUACAUCAUGCAGUCUCAUUGUUUGGGCAACAGACACAGAACAUUGAGGCAUUCAAGAUGCAUUUAUUAGUAUUUGAAAGACACCGAAGACGUCGACAAGGACUAGAGAGCCUGGAAGGUUAUUCAGUUGUAUUGUUGUGAAAUGUGAGCCAGUGCUUUUAGCUUAUUCUUGCAGUAACAUGGAGUUAUGCGUGUAGGCAUACACUGUAGGUUGUUGAACUAGUGAAGAUGUGUACAAAAAUAGCAAAAAACUAGGCUAUCCUGAGUAUCCUAAGCAGACGUAUUGAUGAUUGUUGUCAUUGAAUGAUCAAUGUUAUUUCUAAUGAGGUAGAAAAAGAAAGGAAACCAAUCAAGAGAUUUGGGACAGCUGAGUGUAGUGUUGGUGUCUGUCUGGCACCCUGCUCAAGUGUGAGACAAUACAGAGAUCAUUUUGCUCCACAACACAAGACCACUGUUCAAGUUGGACUGUGUUUGAUGUUUUACUAUUGAUGGCAACAUUGUGUCACAAAUGUAAUUGUGUCUAUUCAAGUCUCAUGUCUUUUUUGUUUCUGAUAAUAGCAUGUGCCAAUUUAGGAGGAGUGUGUGUACAUGCAUCUGUUCUAUUUAACAAGCUGAUGUAGACAGAGUUUAGGGUGGUUGGCUCAACUAUUAUUGCACAUUUUCCAUUUCAAUUAAUUCAAUAAAAAUGUUAGGCCUGCCAAAUAACAAAA